UUCCUACUCCCCCACCCCACCCCUCCCAGCCCCACUGUAGAGACUUGGAUAGGAGGGAAAGAAGAAAGAGACAAAGGCGAAGGCUUUGGUUGCGGACAUGGAGUCAUCGCCCAAGGAGGACGACGCCGGCUCGGGGAGAGCCAGCGGGGGAGGUGGAGUUGGUGGCGGCGGAAGCGUAGCGGUGCCGGUCCACCACCGGUUGAUCGCCCCAAAGCCGGAGCCCAUGGAGUUUCUGGGCAUGGGCGCGCUACCGAUACUGCGGCGACCCGCCGCGAGGACCAAGGACCGGCACACUAAGGUGGAGGGGCGGGGGCGGCGCAUCCGGAUGCCUGCGGCUUGCGCCGCGCGGAUCUUCCAACUCACCCGUGAGCUCGGGCAUAAAUCGGACGGAGAGACCAUCCGCUGGCUCCUCCAACACGCGGAGCCGGCCAUCAUCGCGGCCACGGGGACCGGCACCGUCCCGGCCAUCGCCACCGUGGUUGACGGCGCGAUCAAGAUCCCCACCGAGGCACCCUCUUCCUCAUCCGCCGGGCUAACGUCCACCUCCGGCGAGGACGAGUCCGCCACAAAGAGACGGAAGAAACUCCAGCCAACGCGGGCGGCGGGGAGCGGCUCCGCUUCCGCCGGCAGCGCCGUUACGGCUUUCUACCCGGUUCAAGAUCCUUUACUCCAAGGUGGAGGCUCCAUCUCCAUAUCGACGGGACUGGCGCCUAUCGCUCCGACGGGGGUGGUGCCGAUGUGGGCAGUGGGAGGCGGCGCCUCCUGCGACGGAGCGAGGGUGCUACCGCCAGGGGCGCUGUGGAUGCUGCCGCAGCCUACCGCGAUGGUCGAGCCGUCGGGCCAGGCGCAGAUAUGGACGUUCCCGGCCGCGUCACAGAUCAUCAACCUCGGCGGACCUCAUCCCAUGGCGGCCACCGCCGUGUACCCGGGCGCGGCGCCGGGUCCCAACGUCGCAACCGCCGCUGGCGGAGGCGAGCCAAGAACAAACGAACAAGCGGUUACUUCCACAGACGGAAAGAAGCAAGAGCUACAGCUGAUGGGGGGUGCGAGGGGCCGCCGCCGAGAUGCACUGCUGGAGACGGAGGAGGAAUCCGACUCGGAUGCCGAGGAAGAACCGCCAUCGGAGUCGGAUGCCGAGGAUUAGGUUUCGUUUUAGGCUCUACCUUUUUCUAACUUCAUUUUCUUCUACUGAGCUUUUCUUAACCUGUCGUGCUGUGUAGUUCAUCAGGAAAGGCGAUGAAAGACUGCUCUGUUUUUUGUCCUCUUACUUUCUGGGUAACAGGGAAGUGCGCACGUGGGCACGUGACGGAUAUUGUAUUUUAAUUUUAUUGUAUCUAUUUAAAUGCCCCUUUUUCUCC